AUGGACUGGGAGAAGUCACUGAACCCAUCCAGGGUGAACUCUUCUACUCCAGCUUUUCCUUCUUCAUCCCCAGCCAUGUCUGACUCUUCAUCCUCCUUUUCCUCCUCUUGCUGCAACUCUUCUCGCCCCUUCUUCUUGACCUCCCCAUUCUCAGCUUCUUCCUUUUCUGGCCUGGACCUCCUGUUUAACCUCAAGCUCCUCUUCAUCCCUCUCUACUCUGCUGUGGUCCUAAUCGCCUGCUCUGGGAACCUCCUACUGCUCUUUCUCAUCUGGCACAACAAGAAAAGACACAACACCACAAACUUCCUCAUUAGCAACCUGGCGCUCGUCGACCUGGUCAUGUCCAUCUUCUGUGUCCCUUUGACGGCAUCCUACGCUUUUGACAAGCGUGGUUGGGUAUUUGGACCCCACAUGUGUCAUUUUGUCACUGUAAUGCAGUCUGCAGCUGUCUACGCAGCGGUCCUGUCCCUCAUGGCCAUUGCAGUCGAUCGUUACGUUGUUGUGGCUUAUCCCAUUCGCAAGAGAGCUGGUUGCCAGUUUUGCUGGGCUCUGGUGGUCCUAAUCUGGCUGUCUUCUCUGGCUUUAUCCGCACCUACAGCGCUGCACACUGUCUACUUGGACCUGCGGGCUGCAGGCCUGCAGAUGGCCGUGUGUGAGGAGUUCUGGGAUGGCCAGGAGCGAGGUCGCCUCAUCUACUCCUGUUUCAUUCUCUUCUUCUCCUACUUUGUCCCUCUGGCUGCUGUCUCCAUUUCCUACUGUGCUAUAUCCUAUCAGUUGAAGCAGAGGACCACAUCUGGUUUGACCGCAUGUCCAGAGCUGAGAUCUGCGAGGGCCACCUGGAGCAGACGGAGGAGAAAGACUUUCUGCCUGCUGCUGGUGUCCGUCCUCUGUUUUGCCUUUUCAUGGCUCCCCUUACAGGUGGUGAAUCUGAUCCGUGACCUUGACACAGACUUCUCCAUCUUGGGGAAGAAUUACAUUAAUGUCAUCCAGGUGUCGAGUCACCUGUUUGCCAUGAGCUCUGCUUGCUACAACCCUUUUAUUUACGCCUCAUUACAUGACAAGUUCCUGUCCUACCUGUGUCGCCACAUCCUGUCCCGGAGAAGAGGAAAAGGAAAGGACCAGGGUCGAGUGUCAAGCAUCCUGACAAUGUCUCAUAGAAUGCCACGUCUUCACAACUCCACCAUUGUGGCAGAUUUUCCAGGUGCUGCUGCAAAUAACAUGGUUCUUCAAGACAAUUACGCUUAA